UCACGGUGGUGUGUAUAGCAUUCUGGUGGUGGUGGUGGUGGUGGUGGUGGUGGCGGUGCUUGUAUUUUUUACAAUUUAUUCUAUUUUGUUAUUUAUUUGUUCAUAUUCUAUUUUAUUUUGUUAUUACUAUUUGUUUGAGAGAGAGAGAGAGAGAGAGAGAGAGAGAGAGAGAGAGAGAGAGAGAGAGAGAGAGAGAGAGAGAGAGAGAGAGAGAUCCCUAACAGCAACAACAACAGCAACAACAACAACAAAGUAAUCCUACAAGUUUUAGCAGAUUAGGUCAGCAGUGGCGUUGUGUUUGUGUUGGGGAGGCUCACCCGCUACAUUACUGUGAGGACGAAGCGUGUCCGGCAAUGUCAGAGAGCAAUGGAGGAACUUUUAGUCACGUUCGUUGUGCAAAACUUCACAGCUGGUGCGUGGCCCCGUCAAGGCGGAAGUGAGGGACCUUACUACACUGAACCACUUCUGCACACCACCUCCAUUACUUUGAAAAGCUUCUACUUGGAGUGACACCGGUUUUUAAGGGUCUUUUUAUUAUUCUAGUGACAGAUUAACAGGAUUUCUACAAUGUUAUAGCUGAAAUAAUCUUGAGAACCCCGACUAAUGAUCUCUGUGGCCUUGAAAAACAGUCGUGGUGAGAGAUUGAAGCGUUUCAGAAUAUGAGCGGAAGUCUCCCUUACCGGCGCCCUGAGUAAAGUACCGAGAGAUGCAGCACUUGACAAGAUUUCUCAGUGCUUCAUCCCUUGCAAUGGUAAACCCUGGAACUCCCUGCCUGCUUCAGUAUUCCCCCUGCCUCUAAUAUGAACUCUUUCAGGAGAUGCAGUUUCUUGACAUUUCUUAUAAUUUCGAUGCUUCUUUUGGCUGCACUCUCUCCGGGACUGUCACCUUGAAUGGGCCUUACUCUUCGGCAUUGUUGUCCUUAGCCAGAGCACCUAACACGCUAAAAAUAAUAAAGAUAUCACAAAAUCCACUGAAUCUCACGACUAAAAAUUAAUUCCUCCUACUUAACAAUUUUGGUUUUGGAAUAUGAAAGAACACAUUUUUCGAAAUUAAUCAAACGCAGACUAAGAAGAACUGAGGUGUGAUAGAUGGAGAUGACAGUACCUCUCUCUCUCUUCGCUUCUCUUCCAGUGUAGCCCUGGUCUGUGGUGUGACGAUGCUUGGUUGCUGUCUGCGUCUUUGUAAUAUGUUGGACGAUCACGAACGAAGGAGAAAAAAGGAAAUAUGAUGUGAUAGAUGGAGGUGGCUGCUAGACAUUGGUUUGCUCGCCUUCACCAUUCUGAACGCUAUUACAUCAUGUAUUUGGGCAACUGUACAUGUUAUUACCAUUCUUUUCAGUGUUACUCCAAGUGGCGGGUACGCGGCAGAGGUGCUGAGCGGAGGAGCAGGAGGAGGAGGAGGAGGAGGAGGGGGAGUUUUAUAAGCAGUGAGCAGGCAGGUUUGGGUCUCACUCCUUCACUCCUCUGCUGCGGUGGGAGUGCUUCUGUGCCCUGUGCUGUUCUGCCUGGGACGGUUCCUUCAAGUCUUCAUUCCCAGGAGGGCGUGUCCGUGAUGAAGGCGUUCGUGGCGGGCGUGUUCCUGCUCGUGGCGGCGGCUGUCCCUGUCCUGCCCCUCUUCUGUAACCCACCGUUCCCCUGUUACGGCGUGCCCAGCAGUUUUAAGUUCCACAAUUGGUGUUACUUUGUGGCGAAGGGUCCUGGGGGUGAGAAUGCCUACUUCAACUGGUACCAAGCCAAGGCGUUCUGCAGGAAAAUAUCUGCAGAGCUGGCGUCCCCUACAGACAUGCUGGCGAUCGGGCUGGCUUUGAUUUACUACAUGCCUGGAACAUGGAUCGGCGCCACGGACUCACAGGGGAGCAAAUGGUACUUCUUGGAUGGCAGGCAAGUCCACUGUUCAUAUUUCAAAGAACAGCCUCCUAAACCGGACCCGGCCAAUCAACUCUGCGGCAUUGCGUAUCUGAACAAGAGGAAACCUUUCAUCACGCCGACUCCAUGCAUUGAGAGGCAUCCAGCCAUUUGUGCUCGGUGGAUAGGCAAAAGGCGUGAUGCUGAGGACGACCAGGCUUAGCGGCCAGACUACAGGGAAGAGAGAAGACACUGACGCAGCAAAAUAUGGCGUUUGGUUCAAGUCGUGAUCUACACAGUGAAGGCAUCAGCAGUUAUUAAGUGGAUCAGCUGAUUUACACCCAAUUUACACCUGACCUAGACCUAAGGUAAAAAAUGUUAAAGUUAUUUCAAUAUUAUCCGAAAAAAUAUUGUCAUAGUAGUUGUAUUUGUAGUAGUAGUAGUAGUAGUACACAUGAAACAGGUUGGAAAUGACCGGUGUGUAAUUGUUAGAAAAGGAGAGAGUUUAAGAUGUGAUGUACGAAAGUGAAAAAAGAGAGAGAGAGAGAGAGAGAGAGAGAGAGAGAGAGAGAGAGUAGUAAAACGUGUGGGAGUGAGCGAAUAGAAGAAAAAGACGGAGUAAAAGAGUUGUUUGGAGUGGGAGAGAGAGAGAGAGAGAGAGAGAGAGAGAGAGAGAGAGAGAGAGAGAGAGAGAGAGAGAGGCCCCAGUGCAUGAGAAGUAGUACAAGGCAAUGGUAGUUUGGGGUUUAAAGAGCCAAGCUUUGGGUCUUGGGAGGGAGGAAGUGCUACACGCGUUGGUCAUCCACCUCCCUACUGCAAGACUUAGCCAGUAUUCUCAAUCUCUCAUCCCUUUUUCUGAUAAACUCCUGAACUCCCUGCCUGUUUUUGUAUUUCCUCCUUCCUGUGACUUGAACUCUUUGAGGAGGGACGCUUCAACACAUCCUUCAGUUUGGGCUAAUCCUUUUGGCCAUUUUUCUUUAAGGAUUGACAUUAAAAAAAGUCAGAAUAGCAACCGCAGCAGUAGUAGUAGCAAUAGUAGUAGUAGUAGUAGUUGUUGGUGGUGGUGGUGGUGGCAGUAAUUGUUGUUUUAGUCCCGUAUCCCUCGUGUUCCUAGGCUCGUCUGGCGGUGACAGUUCCCUAAAUGGGUCUGGCUUGUAUUUUUGUUUGGGUUAAGGCAAGGAUUCCUAAUAUGGCUUGUGUUAACCCUCCCCAAGCCCCAUUUAUCCUGCCAUCUGUUUCCAAUGGUGCUUUUUGCUUCCUCUCUCUCUCUCUCUCUCUCUCUCUCUCUCUCUCUCUCUCUCUCUCUCUCUCUCUCUCUCUCUCUCUCUCUCUCUUGUCUUUUCGUUUUCUUUUCCUCUUUAUCUCUUUCUUUUCUCGUUUUUUCCCUCUCCUUUUCCUCUUUCUAUCUUUAUUUUCUCUUCUUUUCCCUCUCUUUUUCUCUUUCUUUUUUUCUCCUCUUUUUCUUUUUCCUUCUUUUACUUCUCUUUUCUUUUUUUUCUUUUUUUCUCGUCUUUUCCCUCUCUUUUCCUCUUUCCUUCUUUCUUUUCUCCUCUUUUCUCUUUUUUCCUUUGCUCUUUCUUUUUUUCCCUCUCUUUUUCCUCUUUCUUUUCUCUUUUCCCUCUUUUUCUUUCUUUUCUCCCUCUUUUCUCUUUCGCUCUUCUCUUACUUUCUCUUUUAUUUUUUGCACCUAUUUUUUCCUCUCCCUGCAUCUCUCUCUCUCUCUCUCUCUCUCUCUCUCUCUCUCUCUCUCUCUCUCUCUCUCUCUCUCUCUCUCUCUAUUCUCCUUCUUCGAUUUUUCUCCUCCUCGUCCUCUUCUUUUGCUUCCUCACCAAAAAAUAUGAACGGAUUAAUAACUUCAUUUAAAAUAAGUUAAUUAAUUUGUUUGUGUAAGUUAGGCGUGGGGUCAAUUUGUUUUCCUGGAGUCUAUAAUUACCUGUUUGCUCUCGUGACAGUUAGUAAUAAUGCCAAACAAUAAUAAAAGAAUAAAUUUGAGUGACAUUCCUUUAAGCUCGUAUCCUUUGAUUGCCUAAAGGAAACACAUGGAAUUCUGUGGAAGGAGUUUUUUUUUUUUUUUCUUCUAUUCUGGAGUCUGUAUAUGUAAUUGUUCAUUUUCUCGUAAUAAAUAAUAAAGACAAAGAAUUAUUCAGUAAGGGAGAAAGUUUUUGUUGUAGGCUCGUGUUCUCUUAAAA